GUAUGUCCACAUCUGACCAAAGAUAUCUUACAAAAACACAAUAAACAUGAAUGGGAUGUAUAUGGGAGCCAUAUUCCUGGUGAUUCUCGCAACAUCCGUGAAUGGGCAAAACGGGUGUAACUGUGCUGGCCUACCAGAUGGCUGGGUGUGCGAAUCUGGAUGCAAAGCGUUUACUCGAUGUGUAAACGAGCAGCCAGUAUACACUGAGUGUCCUCCCUACUACGUAGUGGAAUCUGAAACGUGGACGUGUGUUCCCGAGGAUUCUGCACCACCACCAUGCGGACGAGGAUUUGAUAAAAACUGUACAGGUUUACCCGAUGCUAGAUACCCGGAUGUAGAAAGUGGAUGUAGUACUUACUACUCAUGUGAAGAAGGCAAUUUUGGAAUCAGACAGCCAUGUCCCGAUGAUCUUGUCUUCGAUGUAAUAAAGCAGUUAUGUAAUUGGCCCCGAUCUGUCUGCCCGCCGUGUGGAACGGGAGAGACUCCAGAAGAACCCUGUCCUCAACCCACAGGCAAACCCACAGAUGCACCGACUGUUGCACCGACAAAUGCAACCACUGUUGCAUCAACUAUUGCACCAACAUUUGCACCUAUUACAGGAAUCGGCUCAUGCAUCGAUUGUGCAAAUCAACCUGAUGGACUAUGCGAGGUCGUCAACUGUAACCAAAAACGUGAAUGCCUCAGUGGUUUGAUUAUAACUACGACUUGUAACGAAAAUCUUGUCGUAGAUUCAGAUGACGAUUUUAAUUGCAAUUUAAUACCUGAAGUUUGUCCACCGUGUGGUACAAAGCCGAACUGUUAAAAUAGAACAUUAUCAAUGCUGUAAUGCUGAUGUUUACUGGUAGCCGUUAUAAACCUUCAUUGUACAUAAUUAUCAAGGUUGAGUUUGAGACAAGAGCACAAGAGAUACACAUAGGCCGGUGGGAAGAUGUGAACUAUCCAAUACAAGUUACAACAUUGGAUGUCAAAUGGAUUUUACUUUUUGUGGGCAGUAUUAGAGACUACGCAAUAGUGUAUAGUAGUGUAGUGUAUUAGCCAGCUAAUUCCGUUUCAUUGACACACCGAUCGAUUUUAAAAGAAAU